ACACACACACACACACACACACAUAUAUAUAAUCCCUUUGUGUAUAUAGGGAGUUGCGCCCAACGGAGAAGGUGCUGUGAAAAAUGGGAAUAAUGGGGAUACUAGUUGUUUCUUGCUUUAUUGUUGUAAUAGUUGUUGUUGUUGGAUGGUCAUGGUGGUUAUUGAAUCGGUUGUGGUUGAGGCCAAGGAAGCUAGAGAAGUGUCUGAGACAGCAAGGUCUGACUGGCAACUCCUACAGGUUUUUGUUUGGAGACCUGAAAGAGAUGUCACAGAUGAUUAAGGAAGCCAAGUCCAAGCCCAUCAAUCUCUCCCAUGAUAUCGUCCACCGUGUCAUCCCCUUCAUCCAUACAUCCAUCCACAACUACGGAAAGAAUUCGUUUAUAUGGCUUGGACCGAAACCUAUGGUGCUCAUCAGAGAUUCCGAACUUAUAAGAGAAAUACUUUCUAAGAAUUAUCACUUUCAAAAGCCCCGUGGAGGGAAUCCACUGGCCAAGUUGCUAGCAACUGGACUGGUAGACUACGAGUGUGAGAAAUGGUCCAAACACAGAAAAAUUAUCAAUCCUGCUUUCCAUGUUGAGAAGCUCAAGCAUAUGCUACCAGCCUUUGAUUUGAGUUGUAGCGAGAUGUUGAGCAAAUGGGAAAAGAUGGUUUCAGAGGAGGGGUCAUGUGAGUUGGAUGUGUGGCCUUAUCUUCAAAUGUUGUCUAGCGAUGCCAUUUCACGUACUUCAUUUGGUAGUAGCUAUGAAGAAGGUAGAAGGAUAUUUGAACUUCAAAAGGAACAAGCUGAGCUUGUGAUUCAGGUUGCACAGUCGGUUUACAUCCCAGGAUGGAGGUUUUUGCCAACAAAGAGGAACAAGAGAAUGAAGGAAAUCGACAAACAAGUGCAAGCUUCAUUAAGGGUUAUUAUUGAAAAAAGAACCAAGGCAAUAAAGGCUGGAGAAGCCAGUAAUGUUGACUUAUUGAGUAUAUUAUUGGAAUCAAAUUUCAAAGAAAUUCAACAACAUGGAGAGAAGAAGAAUGUUGGAAUGAGUACUAAAGACGUGAUUGAAGAGUGCAAGCUUUUCUACUUUGCUGGGCAAGAGACCACCUCUGUUUUGCUUGUUUGGACAAUGGUUUUAUUGAGUAGGCAUUUUAACUGGCAAAAGCGUGCUAGAGAAGAGGUUUUCCAAGUCUUUGGGAAUAACAAACCAGAUUUUGAUGGGUUAAAUCACCUGAAAAUUAUACCUAUGAUUUUGUAUGAGGUUCUAAGGUUAUACCCACCAGCAGUUGCACUGCCUCGAAUUAUUUACGAGGAGACUAAAUUAGGAGGUGUAUCCUAUCCAGCUGGAGUGCACCUUUCAUUACCCAUAAUUCUGAUUCAUCAUGACCAUGAAUUAUGGGGUGAUGAUGCAGAGGAGUUCAAACCAGAGAGAUUUGCUGAAGGAGUGUCAAAGGUGACAAAGGGCCAAGUAUCAUAUUUUCCAUUUGGCUGGGGACCCCGGAUAUGCAUUGGACAAAAUUUCGCGAUGCUGGAAGUGAAAAUGGCAUUGGCUAUGAUUCUACAACGUUUCUCCUUCGAGCUUUCACCAUCUUAUGCGCAUGCUCCUUGCACUGUCAUAACCCUUCAACCUCAAUACGGUGCUCACUUAAUUUUACACAAAGUCUAGUAUCGAAAGCUUAGCAGUCACUAUCGAUCAAGGACAUUUCUAGCUGGGGAAUGUAAAAUGGGAAUUAAGUUUUUAUAUAAACCUUGUUGAAGUUAACAUUUCACUUGGUGCACCAAUACUGUUAUACAUUCUAAUUUGAUUUUGUUAUAAAAAGCAUUAUCUUCUUGUUUGUUAA